AUGGCGGCGGCGGCGGCAGCGGAGACGGUGAAGGAAAAGGCGCCGCUGCACGCGUACCCCGAGGCAAGUGUUGGGACCCGCUUCUUUUCGCACAGCGGUAUCUACUCCGAGCGGUACAAUGGCGUCUGCUCCCUCACAGGCUCCAUCGUUCUCAUGGCGUCUGGAAGGUUUGUGAUGUUUGUGGAUGUGAAAAGCGGCAAGAUAAUGUCGACCGCGGGUCCUGAGAAUGGUGGCGUCGGGGCCGUUGCGGUACAUCCUUCGCGGCGGUUUUAUGUCGUGUGCGAGAAGCUGCCGAAGGACCCCUUGAUUCGCGCGUACAGUUGGCCCUCCCGCCAGGAGGUGGGGGAGUUCGUGGGCGGUGCCACGCGGGGAUUCAGUGCCUGCGGCUUCAACACGGACGGGACGAUGAUGGCCACGGUUGGCAUGUACCCGGACCACUCGCUUGCCGUGUGGAACUGGAAUACGCGGGGGAUGAUACUGCGCAGCAAGAGCCACGCCUCGGACGUCUACACGGUCGCCUUUAGUCCCUUUGAUAGUGGCGUUCUUGUGACCGGCGGGGCGGGGCACAUCAAGUUUUGGUCGAUGGCAAAGACGUUUACGGGGCUGAAGCUGCAGGGACUUCUGGGGAAGUUUGGACGGCUGGAGAUCACGAACGUGUCGGGGUUCGUCGUGCUGUCGGACGGCAAGGUUCUCUCGGGCUCCGAGUCUGGACUCAUCCUCCUCUGGGAGGGGGACCUCGUGCGCUGCUGCUUUGCGCGGGAGGUUAUCAAGGACGAGGUGGACGGCGCAGCCGCGCUGGCGGUGCAAAGCCACGACUACACCCCUUGCCAUAACGGCACGAUAAACGUCGUGGAGCUCCUUGGGGAUGGGCGCGUCGUGCUUACCGCGGGCGACGACGGAUACAUGCGCUACUGGCGUGUCAGUGAGUUGGAGACGGCAAAGGGGGACGGUGCCCCGCCGUUGUACGCGCCGAAAUGCCUCUGCGAGGUGCUUGUGGAUCCGCAGGCUCGCAUUCGUGCCGUGACGCACUGCCGCGACACCGAGGAGUGGGUCGUGCUCGACAGCACCGGCGCACUCUGGCGGGUUCCGUAUCUUGCGCCCAGGGACAUUCUCGCAGGAGACCCGCGCCGUGCCAAGGAGCCGGCCCAGGCUGCACUGCGGUUUAACGGCGGUGGCAUCACAAGUGCGGCGAUGUCGCCGAAAGAUCACACGGUAGUGACUGGCGGCGAGGACGGCACAAUCCGGCUCAUAGACUACGUGACACCGCAGGAGCUCUACAAACUUACCCUGCCUGUCCCCACCGUCGUCGUUGCCAUCAGCUUCCUGCGCACGGACACAACAGGGACGAAGCUCAUCGCGUGCUGCGAAAAUGGAACGGUGCGACUGCUACAACGCGGAAGUAACGCCUUUGCGGUGCAUGGCCAGUGGCGGCCACACAAAGAUGGGCUCAUGGCGAUGGCUAUCGAUCGUGGAGAACGCCGUCUUUGUACCAUCUCUACAAACGGCACGGCCUUCUUUUUUGACAUCGAGCCGGAUCUCUCUGCACUUUCGCCCAUUGCUUUUUGCCGCCUCCCCUUGAAGGAUGUUCGCUGUGCGGCGUGGGACGAUGCAACAUCGUGUUGCCUGGUGGGAUACGAGUGUGGCAAGCUGCUCGCGAUUCGGGCACCCACGAUGGAGGAGGUGGAUCACAGUGUCUCCUUUGAGUUUACCUGCAGCUACGCCCUGGUUGGUAUUCGCCAGCGAAAGCUGGCGGAAAAGAAGUUUCUGAACCCGGCUGCCGGGGAACGGGCAGAUGGGAUGCAGGAGGAGGAGGAGGAGGAGGAGGAGGACCUGGGGCCGUGGCCGGUGCACCUCGUGUGUCCGCUGCCUGGUGGCUCUUUUGCGGUUGGGUCUGCGGCGCCGGAGCUGCUGUACCAGUACCGCCUUGACAUCCGCUACGACGGCCGCACCGAGCUUCCCCCGCUGCCGCCGACGGGGAUUGAGCCGCCCAACUACGUGGAGGAGCCCGCGGUGAACUUGUGCUACCGUGACCUCGUCCCAAGGCUGGCCUCCGUCGGCACCUCCGAGAGGUUCUUUGUCGUCGUGUGCGAGGGCGCCCAGGUGCUUCUGCGUCCGCUAGAGGACGCUGGAAAGCCGCGCGAGGAGUGCAUCCUUGCCGCCGCCGCCCACGAUCGGCUUGACGGGCAAAUUGCCGCCGCCUGUACUUCGUUUGAUGACGCAAUGGUGGUCUCCGUCGGCUCCGACGGGCUCGUGGUGGCACAAAUUCGCAAAGGGUUUCCGGCGCCGUCGCCGCCGAAGAUGGAGGCGGGGUACCCGCCUUUGCGUGCCGAGGAGCUUGUGGCGCCGCAGCCGAUUCCCUUAUCGAUCAGCGAACAAAAGGAGGCGGAUGAUCGUCGCCGCGCCGAAGAAGCGAGGCAGCAGGAGCUCGAUGCCUUUCUGGCGAAGCUGCACCUUGUGCAUGCGAAGUACGCGGAGUUGCUGGCGGAGAACAACGCCGCCCACGCGCCGCUGCGUCUCUCGGAGGAGGACAUGGCCAUUCACCCGCAAAUCCUGCAAGAGAUGGAGGAGGAGAAGCAGCGGCGGGUCAAGGAGUCACGGAAUGAAAAUGCUCUUCAACUUGCACGCGAAAAUGUGCGCACACGGAAGAUGCGGGACCGCUUUGUGGAUAACCUCAUCUACGAUCGUUUUCAGGUGCUUAGCUUCUCCAAGGAGUUUGCCGUCUCCUCGUUCCGGACCCCCAACCCGGCGCCGGCGAUUCGGCGACUGGAGAGGGAGAUCAACGAGCUGCUGGCCUCCGAUGCCGACGAGGGUGCGGCAGGCAGAGCGACGGACGACGACAGCACGCUUGACAACAACCCCCGAGGCAAAAGCCUCGGUCAGGCGGAUGACGCCGAGGGUACCGCGUUGAAGGAUGCCAGCCUGGCCACAGCGGCGGGCAUCACCCAAUGGCUGGCCAACGAAGAGAAGCACCGACAGGAACAGCUGCGGCUGACGAGGAAGGAAAGUGAACUCUUGACGACAACUAUGCGUCAGUACCUGGACAAGAUGGAUGAGCGUCGCGAGGAGCGGAGGCGCCGGAAGCAAGGCUACGAGAUGCUCCUCGCGUACAAGCCAGACCCUGCGGCGGAGGCGGCGCAGUUGGAGGCGGAGAUGCGACAAGAGGUGGCACGUCGUGGUGAGUGUGUCCUGCGGACGGAUCCGUCGUACAAUUUGACGCCGUCAGCCGUUUCGAAGCUGCGCCAGUUGAUUUGGCUCGAGGAGGUCGUGCUGAAGCUGCGCAGCGGGUUUACCAAGAAGCUGCUGCAGCUUCGAGAUGAAAAGGCGGCGCUGUGCGAGUCCCUUAAUGUCCUUCUGCGCCGCAUACGGGGGAUCAACAACGCACUGAAGGAGGAAAAUGCCCAGUCGGCGGACGUCAACCUGACGGCGAUUGAGAUGCCGGAGCGGCGUUUUGUCGUUGACCACGAGGGCCUCGACGCCUUUGCGAAGCAGCGGCAGCUGGAUAAGAUGCGCGAGGAGUUGGCAAAGAAGGCGCAGCGUGGGUUUGGGGCCGACCUUGCGGGAGCCGAGGCCUCGACGAAGGGCGACGCGGCGGGCGGCGAGGGGGCGACGGAGGCGGGCAAAAGAACCCCCAGCCAAGUCUCCGUCACCGACACCACCCGCGCGAGCGUGAUGCGGCGGGCGAAGACUCGAAACACGUCCUCGCUGCCAAAGUCCUCGCGGGCGUACAGUACGGCUGUCCUCGCUGCGGCGGCUGUGCGGGAGCGCAUGGACUACGAGCUGCGUAUUAAACUAGAGAAUGUGAAGCUCACCGAGAUCGAAGAGGAGGAACAGCAGAUGGAACGAGAGCGGCUGAUCGCCGAGCGCCACCGCCUCCAGUGCCGCGUCAAUGCCAUGAUGCGGGCCUUCGACCAGCGUCUUUGGAAGUUGUACGAGGAACGUGUCAGUGUGGACGCCGAUCUCUGCCUGGCGGAUGCCCGCUCCCUACUGAUGUUUCGUGAGUACCAGAUCCUGCUUGUCUUCCGGCACAAGGACCGUGAAUUACGGCUACAUUACGACGAGACAAAGCGCUCACGCAACCAGCGGAAUCUGGAGAUGGCGGAGCUGCAGAAGGGGAUACACGAGCAGGCGGGGGUGAUUGAAAAGUUGCAGGAGGCAAACAAGGCCUUCCGUCAUGAGGGGGAGUUCUUCAUUGAGUCGCACUUCCCGGCAGAGCAUGUGCCGUACAUCAUGAAGGUGUUUUUGCGGCAAAUUAAGCGGCUGAAAAACCUUGGCGACAUCUCCGCGGACGACGACGACGUCACCAGCGACGACGACGAUGAGGACGUGAAUGAGGAGGACCUCUGGGAGGAGGUGUGCCCGCCCAACUGCUCGGGGGAGCGCUGGCGGGAGGUGCUCGCGAUGCGAGAGAAGCGGCUGGACUACGUUGACGCGAUCGCAGAGGGGAAGCGGAAGCAGGAGCAGAUGCAGCGCCGCGUCGAGGAGCAAAAGACGCUGGUGGAGCAACUCAACACGGCCUUGUCCAAGUCUAUGAAGAUGAUUGAGGAAUUUCAAAGCGAGAAACGCAAGGAGCUGAACAUGCUGGAGACGCUUGUGGCCCUGCGAUGUAGCCAGGUGAGGUGCCUUGAGGGGGAGGCGGAGGAGCAGUGCCCCGACUCCUUCCGCAGGGACGAUCUUGUCGUCAUCUCCGACAGCCUGAUGAGGAAGCUGCGCAGUCGCAUUGAGGCAAUGGCGGAGGAGAAGCGGGACCGGCGGCUGAAGCUGAAGGACAUGACGGCGGAGCUGCAGCGGCUGCAGCGGGAGCGGAAGGCAAAGGAGGCAUUGCACGCCAAUUGGGAGGAAAAGGUGUACGAGGCGAUGCUGCUGAAGUUCGGCUGCACGGUGAACUUGGAGCUGCUGGAGUCCACCAGCAGCUGCCGCGAGGUGGAGGAGCUGAAGGAGCGGCUGCGCCUGGAGGAGCUCGCCUGGGAGCGGGAGCUGCGAAAACGCGAGAACAAAAUUGUCGCCCUGCGGGAGACGAUGCAGCGGCGGCUCGUGGACAACACACACCUUUUGCACGACCUGGGCGACCAGGAGGGCGACCGGCAGGACGUGGAGCGGUCUCUGACGCACGCCACGCAGAAGGUGGUGAGCCGAAUGUAUGACGGCUCCAACGUCGCCACGGCGGAGGACCGGCGCAACCUCAGACUACUCAUCACCGCACAGCAGGAGGAGAUUGACGCGCUGCGGGCGGAGAUUGCUAUGCUGCGCAGCAAAGGCGGACAUCUCUACACCCCGCCCUCCGCAUUCGCCGCGUGA